GAACUUGUAUUGAGUAUAAACAUAUCAAAACAAACAAGACAUGAAAACUACAUUUAAAACAAGAUAAAGAGUGACUUUAUUUUCAUUUCCUUGGGCUUCGGGUGAUUGUCAGAUCUCCAGCAUUAACACAUUUUUUUUUCUGGCCGAUGCUGGUCUGUAAAAGAUCUAUAAGCUUACUGAGCUAUAUCUUCUUUUAUUGAAGCAUUUUUAGGAAUUAUAAGUUCAGGGUUUCGGAGCUUCAAUAAAAAGAGGUUCACAAUAAGGAGGCUUACCUGACCUCAAUAAGCAAAAUUCAGGCAAGGACUGGCUUUUGAUAUGAAGACUCUGCUAAAGGACCUGCGAGCGGUUUUUAUCUGGUGGGUAAGAGAAUCAAGCUGAAAUGUUUAGAAAGGAUUUUGGAACUGACCAAAAAGAAUGAGCAAAGAAGGUCAACAACAGUUUCAAUUCCAGCGUCCGUCGAUUCCUGUGACCCGUUUCAGGCCUAUUCUCCCAAAACCACCAGUGAUCCAUGCUGGGAGACAAGGAAACGAAAUAUUUGAAGCAAAUUGUAUAGGUUCGGAAAGAUGCUCUUAUGGGUUUACUCAGGAACCUCAAGCUGAUAGAGUAGUUGCAUGUUCCGAUUCCAGCAUUUGCAGAGAAGUAAAUGGCGGCAUUAAUAACUUGAAAGCAGCUUCAGUUGGGAGUAACUGCAUUUCGGGUUAUAGCAAUGAGCAGAGGCAAUGUUCGCUGAACCUGGGCGAACCCAGUAAUUCUUCAUCUGCAGAUCUAUUAACCCUUGUAAAUGCAGCCUCAGCUAAAACUACGACUGCAGCAUCUUUGGGGAUUGAUAGACACCAUCUGGAAUCUAGCUCAACUGGGCUCUUACCCGUGCAUGUAAAUUUAUCAGCUCAACAACACAUAUGGGUUGAUGGCAAUUGCACACCAAGAAAACAUCAAAAUGUCAUUCAUUCCCAGAAUCCAUAUGAUCUGAACCUGCCUGCUAAGACAAUGGAUGAACUCUCUGACUUUGCUCCCAUCACACCAUACAAGUCCAAAAGAGCAGAAAGGAAAGAUGUUUCAGAAAUAGAUUUACACAUAGAGAACAGGACAAGCGAGAAAAGAGAUGAGCAAGCAAAUGAAUCGGCUGCUGCUAAUGUUGAUGUGAAUGGACUUCAAUGUAGUAAAGAACUCCAAAAGUUUGUUAUAGAGUCAUCCCUGGCUGCUACACCAAGCAAGGAAAAUCCGAAUCCUGAUGAUGGAGGUAGCCAUCUAAUUGACCCAAACAGAACAUCGCAGCAGAAACAACGGAGGAAAAAGCACAGACCCAAGGUAAUUGGCGAGGGCAAACCAAGGACCAGAAAGUCAGUCACUCUGAAGCCCAGUUAUUUCCAAGAAAACCCAACAGGUAAGAGGAAUUAUGUACGAAAGAAUAAUCCAAGUCAAGACACAUCAACCCCUCCAAGAGAAGCAAAUGCAGAGAAUUCAACUCGUAAGAGGAAGUGUGUGCAGACAAAGGGUCUAACCAAAGACUCAACUAUUCCCAUACAAGAAAGAGAGAAUGCUCCAGAAACAGUAGAGCAGAAUAAGAAAUCAUGCAUAAGGGCUUUAGAUUUUGAUGAGGAAGGACCAGACAUAGGUGAAAGCUCUGCAUUCGAGCCCACCUGCAACUUGAAUUCAAGGACAGCAAACUUUUGGAAAGGAGAUCAAUCAAAUUACACAAUGCAGCUUUGUGGUGAACCUGAUGUGCCAGCUGAAAACACACAAACAGGCAAUGCCUAUGAACUGAACCAAUCUCUAAAGCAAAAGCCAAAAUUUUUUUUAUCUUUGCCUGAAGAUCAAGCACCAGGCACACCAUUCCCAGCUCAGAAGAAUCCCCCGCGUAAAAGAUCAAGCACCUGGCACACUGUUCAAAAUGGACUGGAAAAAAAUGGACAAAAAGUGUUGCAAUCUAGUGCUCGAUUGCCAGCAAGAAGCCCAAAUGACUCUAACUGCUGCACCAGCUUAGUACUGGAGGGAGGACAAGCAAGUGAACUGAAGAUAAACAAUUCUCCGGCUUCUCAACAAGCAGAUAUCAGUACUCUAAAUUCAGAGGGGAGUCACUACAAUAAUUUAUGCAGAUACCUGAAGAUUCCAGAGAUGCAAUUUGCAAAUUUUAGCAGAAGAAAAAGAACUGUGAAGGGACAAAAUUCUGCCAUAUCUAGUGCCUCAUCAUCCAUCACUUCUGUAAAAAGUCUUGUGCCGGCUGAAGCAUGUCUGGUAGAUAACACUGAAGCAAAUCCCCAUCGAUUUAGUUCUAGUGGAGUUCCAGCAAACCUUGAAGAAGCAAGUAGUUUUUCUCUGAAUAAAAUGCAAACCUUUAAUUGCAUUAUGGCCUCGUUUCAAACCGAGAGUCCAAAGAAAAAGAGAACCAGAGGAAUCACACGGGUAAGAGACUUGGCUUCACUUAGAGGUAUUGCACAAUGUAAAAGGCACGCAGAAUGCUAUGGCAGUCAAUCGCCAGUUGGUUAUGACAUGGGGAAAGUUGGGAACUCAGACCAACCUCAUAUAAGCAUAGAAACCCUCAUCGCAGAGAUACAAGCUAAACUCACAAAAAAGAAGCGAACAAGGAAGAGAUACUGCCCUCUAAAUUCAGCAUGCUCCAGUAGAAGUGAAGCACAAAUGCACAAUAAACGUGUCUUAUCUAAUCAAAACGAAUUUUCUGCCAAAGCAUUAGGUGCCACUCCAGAAGAAAUAUGGAAACAAAUGUUUUCUUCUGAUGCACUUGAUGAACAAUCCAACCAUUCAGACAUCAACAGGGAAGGUCCUAUUACACAUAAAGAGCAGAAGGCAAUCGUCCCCUACAAUAUGAGAUACAAAGAGCAGAAGGCACUUGUUCUCUAUACAGAUGGAACCAUUGUACAAUUUGGUCCUACCAAAAAACAACGCAAAAGGCCUAGGGUCGAGCUGGAUGAAGAAACAAAUAGAGUAUGGAAGCUUCUCUUAGAAAAUAUCAAUAGUGAAGGUAUUGAUGGAACUGAUGAAGAGAAGGUAAAAUGGUGGGAAGAAGAAAGGACAGUAUUUCAAGGACGUGCAGACUCAUUUAUUGCACGCAUGCACCUUGUACAAGGAGACAGACGCUUCUCUCCAUGGAAAGGAUCAGUUGUGGACUCGGUGAUUGGAGUCUUCCUUACUCAGAAUGUCUCUGACCAUCUUUCCAGUUCUGCAUUCAUGACUCUUGCCGCACGUUUUCCUCUCAAAAAGUCAUACUAUCAAGAGGGGACAAGCUUAGUUAAUGGAGCAGAGUUCUAUGUCUUGGAGCCAGAAGACACUUUAAAGUGGGACGCAAAGAUGUCAAUUCAACCAGUUGUUGACCAAAGUUCAACUGUUAAUGGGUAUGGGCACUCUGAAGAAAAAGAGGUUCUCAACAGCAAAGAGUCCUUUGGAAGUAGAACUGCUAUUGUAUGCUCAAUAAAUGAAUCAAAAUGCAUGGAAACUAUUGGAAGAGGAACAGACUGUUUCAAAGGAGAUGAGGAGACAAAUGAUGUCCUCUCAUCUCAAAAUUCUAUAGUUUCAUCAGAAAAUGCUGCGAAUUUUUCCUUGGUUCAAACUGCUGAAACAUUUUCAUGCUCAGAGAGCAACUCAGAAGGGGCUGAUCAGACUAAAGGGCCUACUUUUGACAUCUUGGAUGGGUCUACUUCUUUUGUAGAGCUUUUAGAGAUGGCUGGAUCCGCCAGGCUACAUGAAAUUUACUGUCCUCAAAAUAAGUCUAUUGGUGACAAGGACAAAAGAAGUAAAUUCCAGAAUGACCAGAGAGAAAAUUGCCAUAAUCUGGCGCCAAAUUCAGAAGAAAGUGAAAUUGAACACCUUGAGAUUUUCAAAGAAGAAACAAGAUUCUCUGAGGCUUCUAAGACAAAAGAUGAAAAUAUGAAAAAGGGAGAAAGUCCCUUAACCGAAGAAUCUGCAUAUCACACAGAAAAUAAAAAUGAUUCCACUAUAUGCGUGCAGGUAGCCCCACAAUCAUCUAAUGAAAGUAACCAACCGAGCCACAUCACUCAACAUGCAGAGACAAUAGUUUACCACUGUCAAAUGAGGCUGCUACAAAACCCCAGAAACCUUGUAGAAUUACCAGCCAGUCCGCAAAAUGAAGAAAUGUUGAGGCUAAAACCGUCAAAACAUUCUGAAGGCAUCCUUGAUAUUACAGAAAGUUCUGCAUUUGAUAAUAAAAAAAGCCCACAACAGAAAAUGCAAGACUCAAGCUUGUAUAUAAACAACUCUUCAUCUAAUAAGGAGCUCAAUCAGAUCAAUGCCAGCAGUUUAAAAUCAAAAAGUAGAAACGCCAAGAAAGAGAAAAAUGACGACUUCGACUGGGAUAGCUUAAGAAAACAGGCAGAAGCUGAUGGAAGGAAAAGAGAAAGAACAAUGAAGACAAGGGACUCACUAGACUGGGACGCAGUGAGAUGUACAGAUGUUAAUGAGAUUGCUGAGACAAUAAAGGAUAGAGGGAUGAAUAACAUGCUUGCUGAGCGAAUUAAGGAUUUCCUCAAUCGGCUGGUUAGAGAUCAUGGAAGCAUUGACCUGGAGUGGUUGAGAGAUGUUCCACCAGACAAAGCAAAAGAGUACCUGCUAAGUUUUAGAGGACUGGGGCUUAAAAGUGUGGAGUGCGUGCGGCUUCUGACGCUUCACCAUCUUGCUUUUCCAGUUGACACAAAUGUUGGACGUAUAGCUGUAAGAUUGGGAUGGGUUCCCCUUCAGCCACUACCGGAGUCCCUUCAGUUGCAUCUCCUAGAGCUGUACCCUGUCCUGGAAUCCAUCCAAAAAUAUCUAUGGCCUCGAUUAUGCAAGCUUGAUCAAAGAACAUUGUAUGAGCUACAUUAUCAGAUGAUCACGUUUGGAAAGGUUUUCUGUACAAAAAGCAAACCAAACUGUAAUGCAUGCCCAAUGAGGGGAGAAUGCAGACAUUUUGCCAGUGCAUUUGCAAGUGCAAGGCUUGCCCUGCCAGGGCCAGAGGAGAAAAGCAUUGUCAGUGCAACUGAGAACAGAAAACCCGGUCAUAAUCAUGCUGUCAUUAUUGAUCAAAAGGCCCUGCCCCUACCCCAGCCAAUUGAACAAUCAGAUAGGAACUGUCAGCCUGAAGCAAACCAGCAAUUACAAGCAAAGUCCUGGGUCAAUAACUGUAGUCAUAACCAUGCUGUCAUUAUUGAUCAGGCCCUGCCCUUACUCCAGCCAAUGGAACAAUCAGAUAGGUACUGUCAGUCUGAAGCAAACCGGCAAUUACAAGCAAAAUCCAGGGUCAAUAACUGUGACCCUAUAAUUGAAGAGCCAGCGAGCCCAGAACCCGAGUGCACACAAGUAGCAGAGAAUGACAUUGAGGACAUGUUCUAUGAGGAUCCUGAUGAAAUACCUACGAUCAAACUUGACAUGGAAGAGUUCACUCAGAAUUUGCAUAAUUAUAUGCAAAAUAAUACAGAACUUCAAGAAGGAGAUAUGUCAAAGGCUUUAGUUGCUUUAACGGCUGAAGCUGCAUCUAUCCCCACGCCCAAACUCAAGAAUUUCAGUCGGCUAAGAACAGAGCACCAAGUCUACGAACUUCCAGAUUCCCACCCUCUUCUAAAAGAGUUGGAUGAACGAGAAGCUGAUGACCCAUGCAAGUACCUUCUUGCCAUAUGGACACCAGGUGAAACGCCAAACUCCAUUCAACAUCCUCAAAGUAGGUGCAAUUUACAAGAGCAUGGCAAAUUGUGUAAUGAGAAGACAUGUUUCUCUUGCAACAAUAUUCGAGAAGCAGAAUCCCAGAUAGUCAGGGGAACACUUCUAAUACCAUGUCGUACGGCAAUGAGAGGAAGCUUUCCCCUAAAUGGCACAUACUUCCAAGUUAAUGAAGUUUUUGCCGACCAUGAUUCAAGUCUAAACCCGAUUGAUGUUCCAAGGGAAUGGCUAUGGAACUUGCCAAGGAGAAUGGUCUACUUUGGGACCUCCAUACCUUCAAUAUUUAAAGGGUUAACAACAGUAGAAAUUCAACAUUGCUUUUGGAGAGGAUUUGUUUGUGUGAGGGGAUUUGACCAGAAAUCACGAGCACCCCGUCCUCUAAUGGCCAGACUGCAUUUCCCAGCCAGCAAGUUGACCAGAGGAAAAGGAAAGGGUGCAGCAGAAUAUGAGUAAAUGAUGGAACUUUCAUAAGGGUCCAAACAACUAAAAGUUGACAAAAUAACAAUGUACGACAAACGAGAGUGGAAUUGCAUUUUACAAUACUGACGUGGUUUGUAGGAAAAUGUGAAAAUCUUUGUAUAACCCAUAAUCACAAAGCCAUGUAGUGCUAAUACUGUUUAAGAAGGUUCUAAUUACUUAGUUUCAUGCUCAAACUUUGAGCAAUUCUUCAGAGAUCAGCUUCAACAAA